UCACUCAUGACCGCGACGAGAAGCUGUUACCAUCCUGUUUUCGCACUCGCUCAUUCCUCUUCACACUCUUUCACCCGCUGACUGCACGGCUGUUUGUCGUUUGGCCGGCUGCCGCUGCUGGUGGUAAGUUGGCGAAGUGCGGAGCGGACGUACGUAGAGUCCAGUGCUGCGCAGGAGGUGCCGGAGUUGCGAAAUCGUGAAGACUGUCAACCGUAUUCAGUAUACCACUCCUGAUUCGCGAUUGGCAGGGAAAUAAAUUCAGCCGAUAGUCUGGUUCGCGAAGUCAUCAUCUUUGCCAAGCGGAAGCUCCCACUGCUCGAAAAAUGGUUCUCGUCAUGAAACUCGCCUCUGGCCAUGUGGCUAUGCUGAAGAUGAAUGCAGGGAAUCAUCGCUCUCAAGUAGCAGCACUCAAACAAUUGCAACGACGAUCGUAUUCAAAUGAAAGGGCUCUAAUCACAGGCGAGCGGCUUUCUGCGAAUCUGGAACUUUUGAGAGCUCAGAAAAGUGACAACCCCCAUGUCGCUUUGUUAUUUGUUUGGCUAGCGGCGAAACGCGCGCAUCUAGAAGAUUACUUCAGAUUCUACUUAGACAAUGGUUUCGACGUUCUCUGGGUUCAAACUCAGGCCAAACAAUUACUGGCCCCGGCAGCCAAGAACGGAACGCAAAGUCUUGCGCGCGAAGUUCUGGAUUAUCUCCUCGCUGAGAAGAAUCGCUGCUAUCAGAAUAUGAUGCUCCAUGCAUUCAGUAUGGGGGGCUACUCGUGGGGGGAAUGCUUGUCCGAAAUGCAUAAGGACCCCGAAAAAUACGAGCACGUGAGGAAAAUAAUGAAAGCGCAGGUUUUUGACAGCUGCGUCGACGUUGAAGGGAUCGCGAGCGGACUCCCUGGUGCCCUGACGCGGAAUAAAGCCCUCCGAAUGGCUGGCACGGUGGGAAUGUACACUUGGCUCACUUUAGCUUACCCAUUCGCCACGAGACACUAUCAAAACUCGUCGAAAUUCUUCCGAUUGAAGCCGGUCAACGUUCCGGGCCUCUAUUUCAAUUCUAUGGUAGACCAGGUGAGUUGUCCGAAAUCUGAUCGUAAAGUAGUCGACCAUUGGAACGAGCUUGGCGUCGACGUAAAACUCAUCACCUUCGAUGACUCGAAGCACGUGCAGCAUCUCGGAAAACAUCCGGAUAGGUACACGGACGAACUGGUCAAUCUAAUGAACAAGACAAUGCCGGCUCGCGGCGGGUGGACCGCUGACCAGGUGAAAGCCGACAUCAUAGCUCGCCGUGAAGCGCAGAAGCUUACAAAACGUCAACAGACGUCAACGCAGUGAUAGCAAUAAUGUAAAAAUCGAGUCCGCAAUGAAGUUCUCUGGAGCUUGGAGCUGAGGAUCGGAAUAUCUUCCUCGACCGGCUUUGUUCUCGCGAGACAAUGUGUACUAUAGGAAAGUCGAAUCGUCGAACUUUCUCCAAGUCUUGAUGUCAAAGAGCGUGAUCGAUGAAAUCGUCGGAAAUAAUUCUGCCAGACUCAUUCCAAUUCGACCCGGAAAACCUCGGCAAUAUAUGACCCAUCCGGAAAUCGGAAGCAGCUCGGCAUCGGUGAUAUUUGAUGAAAUGAAGGGAACAUGGUGGGGAAAGGGGUAAGGACUUUGCUGGGAAUGGAAUUGAUCAUAUAGGGCGAUGAAUAAAUUGUGUGUCACGAUUCUAUUUGGAUC